UAUCAAUAUCAAGUGUUUGAUAUUUAAAAUGAAAUUUAAAUUUUCCGCUGAUGAUGUAAUUGCUGAGAAAAGAACAACACAAGGAAAUAUAAAUCUUAUUAAACAAUGGCUGUUUGCAGCCAAUGAAAAAUAUGUACCAUCUAAAUUAUCAGCUGAAUUCAUAGUUCUAUUUCUAUUGUCUUGUAACAAUGACAUUGAUAUGACUAAAAAGACUAUUACUGCCUACUAUAAAUUAAGAAAAGAUGCACCUGAACUGUUUGAUGACAGAACUUCCGAGAGAGAAGAUAUUCAGAAAGCGCUAAACACACUGAGAAUGGUAAGCAUACCAAAUCGGACAGAAGAAAACUAUCAAGUGGUUUAUCUUAGUCUCAAGGAUACAGAUAGCAGUAACUUUGAACUGAAUCCCGUUAUGAAAGCCUCAUUAAUGCUAAUAGAUAUAGAACACCACAAUAGCCCACCAGAUGGAGUUAUGUUUCUAGCUGAUAUGAAAGGGUUCGGGUUUUUACACGCGUUUAAAUUGAAUCCAAUCUCGUUAAAGAAAUAUUUCAAUUAUCUUGGAGAAGGAAUACCAACUCAGUUCAAAGGAAUGCAUUUAAUGAACGGAAAUUAUUUCGUGGAUCAAUUGUUGAGCAUUCUUAAGGUGUUUAUGGCUUCAGACCUUAUAAAAAGGAUCUCUAAGAUGAAAUUUAAGUUCUCUGUUGAAGAUAUACUGGACAAGGGUAGAACUUCGUUAAAAAAUAUUGAUGUAAUUAAAGAAUGGUUAUUGACAGUUAAAGAAAAUCAUGUACCGUCCACAAUACAAGAUGAGUUAAUCGUACUAUUUCUGUUAUCAUGUGAAGAUGACAUAGAUCUUACCAAGAAAACUGUCUGUGCAUAUUAUAGGCUAAGGAUGGAGGCACCUGAAAUACACGAUGACAGAAAUACCAAAAGAGAAGAUAUUAAAAAAGCGCUUAAUACACUACGAAUGAUCACUGUCCCAGUUAGAACAGAAGAUAAUUAUCAAGUAUUAUAUUUCAGUCUGAGAGAUACAAACUAUAUAAAUUUCGAACUUCUUCCGACAAUGAAAGCCUCUUUGAUGCUCUUAGAUAUCGAACACCAAAGCCACCCUCCUGACGGGGUUGUUUUCUUAGCCGAUAUGAAAGGGUUUGGUGUAGGGCACGUCAUCAAGUUAAGGCCAGACCCCUUGAAGAAGUACUUCACAUAUAUUGAAGAAGGAGUACCGAUUCGAUUUGUAGGGCUACAUUUUAUGAACGGAAAUUUCUUUUUGGACAACUUGAUGAGCAUGCUUAGGAUAUUUAUUAGCCCUGAUGUACUAAAGAGGAAGUUUCCAAACUACAGGCAAUCUCCACUGCUCCCUCAAAGUCUAGAUUCCUGGUGCCCAAUAGUCUUGCUUGUAUUCUUUUGGAACAUAAAACAAAUUGGUUCCUUAUGGCAGACUUUAGAUGUGCUUGAAAAUUGCAAUUUAUAUAGAAAUUAUUGCACUGAUUCUCCUUCUACUUGCUGUCUGCGUUUAAAUCUUUACAUGUUCAUCCACACGGUUGGAAUCCAGAAGAACUAUUGCCAAAGGACUGUCUUCCUAAGGAAGUGGGAGGGCAUCUAGGGCUAGAAGAAGAGCUUACUAAAACAACUUUGGAUUUUUUUAAAGAACGGGAAGAUUUUUGGGAGAAGGAAGAAAAGAUGAGAAAAGCAAUAAUUAAAUAACAGUUGUUUUGUAGUUCAUGUUAUUUUUUAAUUUUUGUUAUUAUAGUUCUAUUUUGUUUCAA